AUGGACGGAUCCUCUGUCGCCCGCGGGGGAUCCGCCGCCCAGAGCCCGACAAGCCCGGCCAGCUCCCGCCACGGCAACGGCGCACACAAGCGAAAGAGAAGCACCGGCGGCCCUUCGCACCUCGAGAGCAGCCCCGGCAGCGGCAACGAGGAUGACCACGGCGACAAUGACAAGAAGCGCCAGCCCGGCGUCAAGCGGGCUUGCAACGAGUGCCGCCAGCAAAAGCUCCGCUGCAACGUCAUACAGGAUCCUUGGCAGCCAUGCUCUCGCUGCAUUCGCCUCAAGCUCGAGUGCAAGAUCGAGACCAACUUCAAGCGCGUAGGCAAGCGCUCCAAGCACGCCGAGAUGGAAAAGGAAAUUGACCGCCUCCGACGAAACCUCAACCGCGCGCAAGCCCAAGGAUACUCGAUGGAUGACGGCGACGAAGUGGCCUCGCCUGCUACCACCACCCCCAACUACAAUCAUACCCGCCAACCCUCUCUCAUCUCCGACGAGGCUGUCAACUCCCUCCUCCAUCUUAAGCGUGGCGGAGGGCCAUACGGCAUGCCGCACUACUCUCACGAGCUCGAGACCGUUCGCUUGACUGACGAGCAUGUCACACACCUCUUUAACGAGUUCUUCGCCUUCUACCAUCCCUUCCUCCCAUUUUUGAACCCUGGCCAGCCCCCGGACCAGUACUUUCAACAGCACCCGCUCUUGUUCUGGUCUAUUGUUGCUGUCGCCGCGCGCCGAUUUGAUCCCGAAGGGUCGCCAGGUCUGAUCAAGAAAUUGUCCGACCCUUUGACCAGAUUUCUGUGGACCACCAUUGGUGAGGUCCCAAGCAAUUACUACGUCGUCAAGGCAAUGUGUCUGCUCUGCGCAUGGCCUCUGCCCACCAGCACCACAGCCUCCGAUCCCACCCACAUUCUGUGCGGAGUCAUGAUGAAGACGGCUACUGGUAUCGGUCUGCACCGCCCGAACAACAUUCAAGACUUUUCACGAACGUCAGUCGAGCUUAACAGAGAACAGCUGUCAGAUCGUGUCACAACCUGGGCCGUUUGCAACAUUGUCGCCCAAAAUGUCGGAACAGGCUAUGGCCAGCCCGCCUCGACUUUAUAUGACUGGACUUUGGCAUUGCGCCCCGGAGAUGACGCCGCCUUUCGCUUGACCCCCGAACUCGAAGCCCGUCUGCAGAUUGAACGUUUCUGCGACAAAGUAUCCAAGGAAAUGUAUAGUAAUGCCAGUGACCCCAGGGGAGUCGCGGGUGACGAGCAUCGCGCCAUGUUAAUGCGCGUCUAUCGCCGGGAUUACGCAGAGCUGCAUGCGUCCGUCAUGUCUCAAAACCUAGGCCCCAUUGUCGGCCUUCACCUGCGAGCAGCCGGACUGCAUAUGCGUCUGGCUGGUUUCUUUGACUCGAGCAAGACCCCAGGCUACAUGGAUGACCUUGUUGGUCUCUGGCGCGCAACUACCAAUUUUCUUGACGAGCUUCUGGAAGCCGACAAGGUCACGUCGCCCCGCGAUAACUUCAAGGGCACGUUUCUUCUCUACGCCACCAACUUCAUUCAACAGAUGCUGGUUGCUGCUGCGUUUACAGUUCUCAAGCUCAUGCGAUCAUUUUUCGCCAAGACGAUUGACUUUGCGCGUGGUCGCAACCUAUUCCACCUGUCUAUUCGAGCCAUUCGACAAACCAGCGUCGUCAACAAUGACCUCCAAUGGCGUUUGGCGGAAUUGAUGGUUCAAAUGUGGAACGGUGCGCGCUUGGACGGCAGCAACCCUGCCUUCAACCGCGAGGACGAGACUCCGAUUCAGAUGGACGAUACUUUGCAGCUCAAGGUCCGUUGCCGUCACAGCAUGAGUCUUGUGUUUGACUCCGUUUGGAGAUGGCGUGAAGAAUACCAAGCACAAGGGCGCGGUUCCUUGGAGGGUGGUAAGUUUUCAGGGCUCCAGGCUCAGCUAGCCGCCAUGAAGAACCCAACCAACCCAGAUUCCGCCAAUGAAUCUUCAGCCGCAUCCUCUCAGCUCGAUAGCACGCUCAUGACCAUUCCCACCCCUACCCCUAAUAAUAUGCUCACCACGACUGCUGCUUUGACGCCGGGCGCGACGGGUCUAUCCGCAGCGACGCCCAUUACUUCAAACCCAAUGAUUGGCGGGUACGGCGACGGCAAUUUCGACUUCUUCGAUCCUCAGCACUGGAUGCUGGACGGCCUCCUGGAUUUCAACUAUUCCUAUGUGCCUCCUCUUGAAAGUGCUUAG